CCUACGUAUUUGAACCGAGUGCAAACGGGAUUCGAUUGGAACAAGUACAACCAGACGCAUUAUGAUAUGGAUAAUCCUCCACCGAAAAUCGUUCAAGGGUAUAAGUUCAACAUUUUCUAUCCUGACUUAUUGGAUCCUUCGAAUACUCCUUCGUUCACUGUCACUCCGUGCGACGACCCUGAUUUUGCUGUCAUACGAUUCAAAGCGGGGCCUCCAUAUGAAGACAUCGCUUUCAAGUGCGUAAAUCGUGAAUGGGAAGUGAGCCAUAAGCAUGGCUAUAAAUGCCAAUUUCAAAACGGUGUAUUUCAAUUGUGGUUUGUGUUCAAACGAUAUCGUUAUCGACGAUAG